UACAAGAUUGUGUCUGGAUGGAUGUGUAUGUCAGAGCUAGAAUAACCUUAACAUUAUAGUUUCAUAUUGUGGUGCAAUACAUGAUUGUGAAAUACUUCAAUAGCAUAUAAAUUAAACCAAUUGAACACAAUGUCAUUAUUGAGCUAAGUACCAGUACAGCAGGAUGAUCACUGAAGCAAACAUCCGGGAUCUGGAAACCAAGGGUUACACGGUUGUAACAGGGGUCAUAUCACCGUCAGAGUGUGAUAGGUACAUCGAGAAAUACCAGCAGUGGCUGGCACACUUUGGUCAGCGCUGGCCUAAGUCCAACAAGGGUCUGAUACGGGGCUACAAUACUGGCCAUCUUGAGCCCACAUGGGAGGCGAGGUUAAAGGUCAAGGACGUGUUCUCUCAACUAUGGAAGACUGAGAAACUCCUGACAAGCUUUGACUCGAUUGCGAUUGGUCGGCCACCUGAGGAAGGGGAGGAGCCAUAUGAUGAUGUGAACAGCUACUGGCUGCACUUGGAUCAAGAGUCUACGAGGGAGGGACUACACGCUUACCAAGGUGGGGUUUAUCUAGAAGAGGCCUUGCAUGACGAUUGGACACUUCAAGUGAUGGAGAACUCGCACAAAGUCUUCGCAAAAUUCUUCAAGGAUAAUGAAAGAGCAGCUCUUACGUCUGCUGAAAAACAAUUCUUCCGUCUGAACAAAACACAAAUUAACUAUUUUGAGAAGAAUGGGUGUAAGAUUGUGCGAGUGCCUGUGCCCAAGGGUGGUAUGGUGCUGUGGGACUCGAGGCUUGUGCAUGCCAACGCCCAGCCACUGAAGGGCAGGGCAAACCCAGGGCGGUGGAGGUACGUAGUGUUUGUAUCCAUGACACCUGCCAUAUGGGCGUCUCAAGAAGACAUGAGGAUCAAAGAGGAUGCGUAUCACGGCACAAAGAUGACCAAUCACUGGUCAUCAGAGGGGUCAAUGCUGAUGCAAGAAUCCGCAGCCAGCAAAUGUCAUCCUAAGAUCAUGCCAAAGAUUGCACAUACCACAGCAGCUCAGCAGUUAUCGGGUGUCAUACCGUAUGACUUUGAGGACGGCUCACCCAAUGGACCACCUAAACCUUAUACACACUCUGUUACUGUCAAGCGCAGGUUGAGUGAGUUUGAACAAUACUCAAAAUAACAGGAUCUGUGUGAAUACAUUUAUUCAUAUGAGAAUUAUUGUGCAAGAACAGAUGCCACAGAAAAUUUACAGUUUUGUCAGUUUAUUAUAGUUUGCAUGCUAAUAUAUAUCUUAGUCUGUUGAUUUUUAUCAAUGUUUAAAUGUGUAUGAUAUAGCAAUAUAAUGUUAUGUUUGUGUCGUAGAUAUUGUAAAGUGUUAAAUGUCAAACAGGCCCAGCAAAAUAAAUUAAAUAAUUA